AAGAAAUUCUACAAAAUAUGGCUUCAUCCAAGAUUCUGGACAAAGAUUUAAGUCCAUUUCACCGCGGCUUACGUUGCUGGCUUCAUUAUUAGAUGCUAAUUACUUACAAUCUUCGACCAGAGCUUAGGGAACAGGUCGAAGCUAAUCCUGAUUUGGACAUUUCCAUAGCCGAAGCGAAGCGCGGACGUCAUUGUUGGAUCGGAAAGCUGCUGAUCCCAAUGGUAACAAGAAACUCACACCACAUCUUUGUUGGCCGUGCAAUGGCAUCGAGAACCACAUUACGAUUGCUGACGAAGCCAUCGUCAGGGUCGCUCUUUCAGCGGAGAUGUAUUUCAGCGUAUGGCUACGAGCAGGCGAAAGCGCUCACAUUCAAGAAAUAUGGUGAGCCUAAAGACGUACUAUCAUUACAUGGACACUCUAUAUCACCCGCGCAUUCGAAUCUUGUCACAUUGAGGUUUCUCGCAUCGCCUAUAAACCCAGCAGAUAUCAACCAGCUGCAAGGCGUCUAUCCCUCAAAACCUACGUUCACAACCGCGCUCGGAACAGCGGAUCCCAUUGCUGUUGGCGGUAACGAGGGUGUUGCCGAAGUGAUUGCAACCGGUGACAAAGUGAAAGGGCUAAAGAGGGGUGAUUGGGUGAUCCAAAAGAGCCCAGGAUUCGGAACAUGGCGGACACAUGCUCAGACCACAGAAGAAGGGCUGUUAAAGAUUGAGAACAAGGACGGCAUCACCGCCGUGCAAGCGGGGACUGUAUCGGUCAACCCAUGCACAGCAUACUGCAUGCUGAAAAACUUCUCAGACAUGCAGGCCGGAGACUGGUUCAUUCAAAAUGGAGCAAACUCGGGCGUCGGCCGAGCAGCCAUCCAGCUUGGUAAGCUUUGGGGCUUCAAGAGCAUCAACAUUGUCCGAGAUCGUCCCGAAGGGCUAGAUGCUCUGAAGGCAGACCUCGAAGACAUCGGCGCGGAUGUCGUUAUCACCGACACCGAAUUACAAGGCGCUGACAUCAAAGAUAAGCUUGCGGAGUGGACAAACGGUGGUCGUGAGAAAAUCAAACUUGGCUUGAACUGUGUAGGUGGAAAGGUGGUGACUGCGAUGGCGAAGCUUCUCUCCUCUGAGGCACAUCUCGUGACCUACGGCGCUAUGAGCAAGCAGCCAGUCACCCUACCCACCGGACUCUUGAUUUUUAAGGACAUCCACUUUGACGGGUUUUGGGUCAGCAAAUGGAGCGAGCGAAACCCGGAGGAGAAGAAAGUGAUGGUGCAUGACAUACUUGACCUUUACAGACAGGGCAAAUUCAAGGACACGCCCUACGACGAGGUGAAAUGGGAAUGGGAAACCAAGGGCGAGACUCUCAUUGACGCUGUACAAGGCACUCUUGACGGUUACCGGAAAGGCAAAGGCAUUUUCGUGUUUGGAAAGACGUGAUGAUGCUGACGUUCUUUCCCCAGUGGCUUCUACGCGAUUGAGCCGCCCGUUGAAGCACCAGGAGUCAUCACAUCUUGCCAGAGAUAUACGAACGCAACAAGCUUAAGUCAUGUCUUCGCAUGAAUACGUAACAAGCCGGUUCGAGAAAAAAAAGGUUGCGUCGCAGGUGGGCCGCUAAUAUAGAGCGUCAAAGUGCGGUCCUCGAUCUAUGUACUCUAUGUAUUGAUAAGCUCGUCUGCACAGCCCAUGCAAUCGAAAAUAUAUCUGUAAUGUGGCGGAAAAUAGCUGCUUAAUCUUUUUGAACAACACAAUAUGUCAUUGCAUCUGUCCCCCGGUAUCUCGGAUAUAACCACGUCCGCAAAGGCUUCGAGUGUUACCUAGAGUAGUAAAUUGUUAUUUGAUCGCCGCAUUGCCGAUGAGCGAUUUCGGAU